GUACCCAGUAAUCCCUAGCAAUGUAGAUUGAAAAUUACUUCUUUAUGUAUUAAUAUUAUUGUUUCUGAAACAAUUAUAUUCAUCUUGUGGUAUAUGUAUUUACAUAUGUCAAAUGACCUAAGGACUAUAACAUUGGAUGAAUAUCCAUCUCUCUUAGGUGAUCGAUUGAACUUUAAUGUAUAUUAAAUCUUUAUCAUUCGUAGUCUAUAGGAUCCUAACCUAUUGAAAAAGGUGAAUGAAGGAUGAAAGUUAAAUUGAAUUUAUUCGUUUAUUUCAUAAAUAAAUAUUUCAAUUACAAUAGUGUGAAAUAUUAUUCGCAAUCGAAAACUCUGUUUGAUAAGACGGAGAUUAAUUUUAAAAAUUGGGAGGAAGAGCUAGAGAGAACGAUGCAAGUUCUCCCAAAUUUUAUCACAGUUGAAGAAGAAAAGUCAUUAAUGGAAGAAAUUGAUCCUUAUGUGAGGAGACUAAAAUAUGAACAGUCGCAUUGGGAUGAUGCAAUACAUAAUUAUAGAGAAACGGAAAAAGGCAAAUGGAACAAUGAUAAUACAAAGAUAAUAAAUAGAAUUCGAGAGAAAGCAUUUUCUAAAGAUAUAUCUCAGAUUUCACUGAUACAUAUUUUAGACUUAGCACCAGAAGGAUGGAUAAAGCCACAUGUUGAUAGCAUUAGAUUCUGUGGAGAGAUUAUUACUGGUUUAAGUUUAUUAACUGAUAGCGUAAUGAGACUAAAAAUGGUUGAUAAUGUAACUUUAUAUAAAGAUUUUCUAUUGCCAAGAAGAUCUCUAUAUAUAAUGAGUGGUGCAGCUAGAUACAAUUAUAAUCAUGAAAUUCUAAAAAAUGAAGAAUCUUUUUUUAAAGGACAACAUAUACUAAAAGGCAGACGUAUUUCAGUAAUAUGUAGGUGUCAACCACAACGUGAUGCUUAGUACCAUACAGUUGUACAUAACUGUUUCGGAAAGUUAUAUUGUACAUAUAUAAAAUAUAUUAUUUAAUACAUUAUAAAUAAAAAUGA